UUUAUUUUCAAGUUAUUGGUAUAUAAUAAGGUAAUAAGGCACUAACUUUGCUCAAAAACUAUUCAUACAUAUAGCUCACUUCCACUACUACUGUAGUUUCACACAUUAGAUGUGUCCAGUUGCUUACAAAUCAAUAGAAUGUUUAUUUAUGGUGUCUGUUUUUGUUCAAAAAUAAAUUGUUAAAUUAGUUAAUUUGUUUGGCGUAUCUAGACUUCUGUGUUUAAACCAGUCAACAGACGUCGCGAGUAUAUGGCGUCACUCGAGCGCCGACGUUUUGGCGGGAUUUCAUACAAAUUUGAAAAUCCUUCCUUCCGGAAUCCUGACGAAUUUUCGGACCAGCGGAGCGAGUGGGCAAAUAUUCACCGUCGAUGGACGAUAUUGCGGUGAACAGGACAGCGAAUAUUAAAGGGAUGUCGUGGGACUUUUUUGUGCCAGUGUGCGUGGGCGACCUGCUCAAGACCGGGGGAAUAAACCAGUACGUCGUGCAAGAUGUGGUCUCCCCAAAACAGCUACCGUCCCAUCUUAACAGAUUCAAGACUGCAUUGAGAAGCCAAGGUCCUUUAUGUAUCUUGGAACACUUUGACACAGCCUACAGUGUACUACAGCAUACCACCUCUGUGGAUCUCGGUGUGAAAGAGGACACUCUGGAAUUGCUGGUGCAAGUUGUUAGCAGUCUGUCUACCUCCCUGCCCUCGUUGCUUAUCUCUGCUGCAGUCUCUGCAGCAGAGCGAAAAGAGAAGCUCAAUGCUGUUAAAAUGAGCGUCUUCUUGCUCUGCAAAAUCACAGAGUGUCUUGAAAGUGACUGUUACAGGCACAGCUUCAUCACGGCGCCUGGCAAAGGUGGCAAAAAGGCAAAAACAAGUGAAGGAUUCCAGCAGUGGGAAAGCAUGAGGGAGAGAGUUCUUCAGGCCCUUGUGCAGCUCCUCCAGUUAGAUAUCCGUUCCCUCUGGAAUCUUUCCCUCGUAGAGGAAGAGUUCACCAGCUGUGUGACUUGCUGUUGCUACAAGCUACUUGAGAAUCCCACCAUAAGCCACGUAAAGACCAAACCCACCAGAGAUGGCAUAAUCCAUCUGCUUGGGUUGCUGAUCAAGAAGUACAAUCACCUCCUAGGUGCAAGUCUAAAAGUGAUCCAGCUGCUGCAACACUUCGAGCAAUUAUCAUCGGUGUUUGCUCAGGCUGUGUCUGUGUGGAGCACCGAAUAUGGAGUCAGAGCCAUAAUAGGUGAAGUAAUAAGAGAGAUUGGCCAGAAGUCUACUGAGGAGCUUGCCAGGGAGGGGUCAGGAGUCAAAGCAUUUUCAUCUUUCCUGUCUGAACUCAGUGCUCUGGUCCCAGAGUUGCUGAUCCCCAACAUCAGUGUACUUAUCACACACCUGGAAGGAGAGAGUCACACGAUGCGUGUCGCUGUGUGUGAGGUACUGGGCGACAUCCUAGUGCGUGUCCUGUGUGGAGAUGGACUGGAAGAGUCCAGCAAAGCUGACCGCGACCGCUUCUUUGAUACCCUGCAGGAGCAUCUGCAUGACACGCACUCUCACGUCAGGUCGCGCGUAUUGCAGGUGUACACGCGUAUUGUCAACAGCAAAGCCCUGCCACUGUGUCGGUACAGUGAGGUGAUGGGCCUCGCCAUCGACAGACUGAUAGACAAAUCUAUAAAUGUGGUGAAGAGUGCCAUCCAGCUGCUGGCAGCCUUUAUUGCGCACAACCCCUACAGCUGCAAGUUGAGCAGCACAGACCUCGAAAAAACUCUGGAGAAAGAGACGACUAAAUUGAGAGAGAUGAAAGCAAAGCUGUACGGGAGCGCACCAGUGAUUAAAGCGUCAGAGCUAUGGGCCGCUAUGGAGCCUGAAUUGCGCGUCACUGUCGGCACAGAGCUGGAGUGCUUGGGUGAUUCUCAAAAGGACCAACAGGAGAAGGAAGAGGAGGCAGAUGUGGAUGAAGGAAAAGAGAUAGAGGAUGGCAGGGCCACAGCAGUGAUGAUUGCUCAGUACCUCCGGGUCAACAAGUACAGGAAUGCUGUGCGUCUCUGUAUUAAAGCCCACAGCCGCUUCCCUGAAUCAGGCAUGUUUUCUUCCCUGUCCACUCUCACUCAAGAGACUCUAAUGGACACACUGGCCCUUCUCUUCAAAGGCUCUGAUGAGGAUACCUCUGAGAAAAGUCAGAAUUUGCCCCCCACUCCCCAGAAAGGAGAAGAUAAAGAGGCAGAAGAUGCGGAACUGAAGAAGCAAGAAAGGUUGGUGCAGUACCUCAGAGAAACAGAAACCUUCGCCCUUCAAGUGGAGAGAGCCAUCUCCGUCAUUAACUCCAUGCUCUACCGGAAAACCACUUCAGUGGUUCAAGAGGCGGUGGAGUUUUGUGUCACAGUAUGCGAGUUCAGCGUAGCCAACUCUCUUAGUGGCGUGAGGAAGAUGUUGCCUCUGGUUUGGUCAACUGACACUGCCAUCAAAGAUGCUGUUGUACAGGCCUACAGGCGCCUCUAUCUCAACCCCCAAGGAGACACCAACAGGAUGAAAGCUCAGACUCUUGUGGACAGUCUGUCUGAAUUGAUGAUAGACGCAUCCCUAGGAACAAUACAAUGUCUUGAGGAAAUAGUGCAGGAGUUCUUCGGCAGUGGCAAUAGUCUGCAGUCCACUGUGGUGCAGGUUCUGUGGGGGAGGUUUACUGGCAAAACUGAAACCUCUGUUUUGUACAAGCGAGCUGCUGUGCUCCUACUGGGCAUGGCUGCACGGGCAGAAAGGGAGGUCGUCCUCAGCAAUCUGGACACUCUCUGUUCUGUGGCUUUGGGCGAAAAAGUGACUGAGGACUUUCUUCUGGCGAGAGACACCGUGAUCACCAUCUGCAACAUCACUGACCAUGUUAGGCAAUCAAGAGGCGCCCCAUUCAGACUCCCUCAAGAACAUCAGCUCUUCACUCGCCUCACACAUGCAAUUGCUGAGGGUGCCGUGAUGGAGUACCCUCACUGGGAGAGCUUCAUGGAGCAAGCUGUCCGUCUCACCUACUUAUUGGCCGAGUCGCCUGACCAGCUAUGCUCCCGACUGCUCCAACGCACUGCUCGACUCCUACUAGAUAAAAUUGCCGAAGGCAGUGAGGUUAAUAAGGAUGUCGCUCAAACACAAGACGGAUCUCAAGAGUCCAAUGAACAAGUGAACUGUGUGUGCCUGGCUCAGCUGCUGGCCCUGUGUGGGAGAGUGGCUUUCUGGCAGGUGUCUCACCUCGAGCGCAGCGUGAGCAGUGAGUUGCGAAGGCGAAGAGGAGAGACUGAACAGAGGGAGGAGAAGGAAAAGGGUCCGUCCAGCAAAGCGAAACUCACAGCCAAUGAGAGCACAAUGGAGGAGGAGCUCGGCUUGGUUGGCGCCUCUGCAGAAGACACAGAAGCCGAACUCAUCAGGAAGAUCUGCGAGACGGAAUUAUUGGCUGAGGAGAACCUGCUGAGUGCAUUCCUUCCCUUGCUGGUCAAAAUAUGCAGCUCCCCUGGACACUAUUCCCACCCUCAGCUCACCACGGCUGCCUGUCUGGCCCUCUCACAGUACAUGAUGAUUAGUCCAUCAGUUUGCCAGGAGAAUGCCCGUUUAAUGUUUACGGUGCUGGAGCGCUCUGCUCUUCCUGUUGUUAGGGCCAAUGCCAUCAUUGCCCUGGGAGACCUGACUGUCCGCUUCCCCAACAUAUUGGAGCCCUGGACCCAGAAUUUAUAUGCCAGGCUCAGUGAUGAGGUCUCCUCUGUGAGGCAGAUGGCUGUGACAGUGCUGACUCAAUUGGUGCUUAAGGAUGUGCUAAAGGUCAAAGGACAAGUCAGUGAGGUGGCCGUCCUGCUAAUUGACCCCGAGCCUCACAUCACAAGCCUGGCCCUGAACUUCUUUAAUGAGCUGGCGUCCAAGGACAAUGCAAUUUACAACCUGCUCCCGGACAUCAUCAGCCGUCUGUCUGACCCAGAGAGAGGCAUGAGCUCAGAGGACUUCAACACCAUCAUGAAGCAGCUCUUCUCCUACAUCACUAAGGAGAGGCAGACUGAGUCUCUGGUAGAGAAACUGUGUCAGCGUUUCAGGACUGCCAGGACAGAGCGUCAGUGGUGCGACUUGGCCAUCUCUCUGUCCCUGCUGUCUAUGUGUGAGCGAGGCUUCAAGAGGCUGCAGGAAUGCUGGGAAUGCUACAGUGAUAAGCUGACUGAGCCUGGUGUCUACCAACCUCUGGUCGCCAUCACUACCAAACUUCGCCGUGGAGCCAAGCUCCAAUUCAAGAGCCAAGUGGAUGACUUUGAGAAGCGACUAACUGCGGUCCACACGCGAGGCCUGGAGAACGUGGAGAGCCCUGAGAUGGAUGAAGAAAAUCAAAAAGAGGGACAAGCCACUCACGAGUCGGUCGCGGGGAUGCCUGCUAGAGCCCGGGCCAAGUCUAAGAGAGGUCAAUCGAAGCCGUCAGUUUCCAGCCGCAGUGACGACAGUUUUGUGACGCCUCAGAAAACUCGCAAGUCCAAGAAACCCGUCAUCACCUUCAGCAGUGACGAAGAGGAGGCAGAAGAGGAUGCUGUAUUGACAGAGAGCGAGACGCCUAAAGUCACCACACCGAUUGCCCGCACGUCUCGACGAGCUCGCCUCAGAAACUAAUUUUUUUGAAACUCUUUUUAAAUCUUUUGUCUGUCCAAUUUUUAAAUAUUUUACGAGUUGUAUCCCUCUGUAUUUACUUGUUUUAUCCUUAAUAAAAACUGUGUAUAUUUUUGUAACUAUUUUUUUUUUGCUUAAGUGUGCCACAGUUCUCAGUACAGUGACAUGGAGCCAUUUUGUGUCCUGGAACUAAGGUUUAGGCUCGAGUUUCCCCAACCUUUAUUUAGCCAAGGCACAUAUUUUUCAAUAGAAAAUUCUCACGGCACACCACAAAAUGCAAAUGUCACAAAAAGUGUAUAUACAGUGUACCAAAAUAAUGAUCCAUCCUUGAUUUACUUAGUUGGUGUGAAAUAUGGGCCUGCUCAGUGGGAAAACAAAGCUGUUCCAUUGUAUGACUGGCAACUAAUGGUAAAUUGUACCGUCCAUAUAGCGCAGGGGUGUCAAACUCUUUUGUUUCGGGCCACAAUACUAUAUUGUUGUGGUUUCCAGCAGAGGUCCAUUAUGACUGAAACCAUAUAAAUGGUGAAUUGCCUCAUAUUACAUAAACACAACAAAUUAAUGGAUAAUUCAUUUUGAAAUCAGAAGUCAAGGAUAAUAAUUUGUUCAAGUUACUGUAGAAAGGAUUUUGGUGAAAAAAAGAUGCAUGCGAUAUCUCGACAUUAUUUAAUACAUAUGACAAUUCUAGAUUUUUGUACAGAUUUGAGCAAGAGUCAUGGAAGUUGAUGCACAUGAUUUGCUUUCCGGCCACAUAACGUGGCGGCCCGCAUCUGGCCCCCGGGUCUUGAAUUUGAUACCCAUGAUCUAGUGGAAGACCAGUUAGACUACUUGCUCUGCUUGUCACUGUACUGUACAUUGCUGGCAUCACUAGAGGACUAAAGAUACAUUUGUUUAAAUAAUUUUGACCAUUUAAGUUGUAUAAUUUCCACAGCACAGUGGUGGUGGGAAUCACUGGUUGAGACAGCGCGGAGUAGGUUUAAAAAAAAAAAAAAACAUUUAUCAAGCUGCUGUGCCUUCCCUGAAUCAUCAGAAUGUGUGCCUUGACGCUUAGAAAACCACUGGUUCAUAUCAUCACUCCAAGUGGCUUUUUAGUGUUUUUACAGCGGUGUGUCACCCCGCAUGCUCUCUUCCUUGCAGUUUUCCCUCUGCCUCACCCAGCAUAGAGCUGCCUCCAUCACAUCACCCACUUCAUCUCACUUUGUGUGUUUACUAACAAUCCUUUAUUUCCCCAUCAUUCAGCUGACAUUUAGAUUUCUCACAGGUUGGCCUCAGAUCACUCAUCAAUCUUUUUAGGUCUCUGCCUGGUGAUUUAUUUUUCCUCUUUACUCUCCCGCUGCCUACUUUUUAAAAUGUUUUAUUAUUCCCUCCCACGGCGCUUGUCUCUGCUGACAUCACAUGCGCGGUAGUUUAACCCCCCCAACCGCCUCACUUCCUCCCUCACUCCAAUGAUUGCUAAUCCCUCCCUUUCGCCUACUGCCUACCCCCACAUGUCCGCUCCCAAAAAGAUGAGUGGGGUGAAUUUCUCUAUGUAUAUAUUUAUGAGCGGUUAUGUAAAGCACCUUGUCAAACAUGGGCUUAGCAAUACGACUACACUAGAGGUUUGGCCUCAAAUGAACCUCUUUAAUGUACAAAAAAUAUUAUUUUUAGAUGCUACAUUGUUUAAUUGAUGGAUGUAAUUGAAAUAAUGAGAGGCUGCUGAACUUCUUGCGAGUGUUGUAAUUUGGCAACGGGGGGUUGUGGCGAGCAGAUGGUACUGACAGACUGUAACUUACCCAAUAGCGAGGGGAGCUCAAUGCACGCUGGGAAAGGCCUGAGACAAAAGGGGAGAGAUGGACGUGCUUGCCUGGGAUGGGAGAAAUAAAACCUAUUUUAUCACAGAGAAAUCUACAUGGUCAUUUUGCCAAAGACCUCCAAAUAAAACCAAAGAUGGUAAAAGUACUUAGACAUUUUACUUAAUAGAAGUACAGAUACUUGUCAAAAAAAAGGACUGGUAAAAGUACAUACUAAAUAAACUCCUAUACUUGAGUAAAACAGGAUGUCCCAAAAGGCACUUCUUUUCCUCUUUCAUUGCCGUUAUCAUUCAGAUCGUGAGGUCAUAAGCAUUUGUUAGCUUAGGCCUUGCAGAUUUUGUAAGAUUAUCAUUCUCUUGCUGAUGGCUCGCCAACUGACGGAGUAGCGUUGCAAAAUUGCCUCCUGGAAAGAAGUUUUUCUCUCCCCGACUGCAUUCAGCACGAGUUUAAGAAACUUUAUGGCUGUCACUGCUCCAACACGUUAUACAGAUUACUUCAAGUUGUUGAGCAUCAUAAUGUUCCUCUUGAAGUCUUUAAAAAAAAAAAAAAAAAAAAAGAGAGAGAAGUAGGUACAGGUAAAGCUUUAUCCCUCUCCUAAGCAUUUGCUGAAUUGAGCUUUAGUUGAUGCAGAGUUCCACUGCAACCCUCCAGAUAGACAUUUUCUGCGUGAAUGCCUGCUCUCGGCGGUAAUUUUGCAACCCUCGUCCAAAGUCGUUUGGCAAGCCAUGGGCAAGGGACUGUAUCUAACUGUGAAGGGAUGAAAAUAAGUCAAAGCUGUCGAAUACUAAUGGGAUUUAGUCUGUCCGAAUGGUACCUGAAAUAAAAUAGAAAAAAGGAAGUGUAUACAGUAGUGACAUUUGGGACACCCUGUAUACACGAUACCUGUGUUGAUUACUUGAAAUUUUUUGCACACGUUUCUUAACUUAUAGUGCUGGUAGUGAGUAGAAAAAAAGAAAUAUUGCAUGUCUGUUUUAAGCCAAGUUGCUAACAUUGUGAAUGACUAACAAUAAAAAUGCUAAAUUAGCCAAUGAUAACUGGGGGGAAAAUACACCUUGUACAGCAUUUUUCUCCCCCCCCCCCCAGAUGAGACAAAAUUUAUGAAUGCCACAAGCUGGUGGUUUUUAUACUGGCACAGGACACGUCAAACAUUUCUCUUUAAUAAGGCCAUGGAUGGGUGAUUCUUGCUUUUCCAAAUUUGUUGCUGUCGUCAAUGAUUCUUUGUUCACGUUCUUCAAUGUUGCCGCUACUCCAGUUCCCCCCCCCCCCAAAAAAAGAUCUGGGAGCUAAAAUACAAACUCAUCCCAAAAAAUUUUAGAUGAGUACUGAUGCCUAAAAAUCAACUUAAGUACAGUAACUAUUUACUUGAACUUCGUUACUUCCCAACCGUGAAGAAAACUAGGUUUCUUCAAUAACCAAACCAAAAAAAAUCCAGUUGAUGACCCAACAUUCAGCUUCUGCCAGGAGGAAAAACACUCAAGCAGAGGAGGAGGGGGUAAGAAAAUCAUCGUUUCAAU